CCACUGCCGUCCCAGAAGUCUCCGGAAAGCAGCCGGGCUGCGCGGGAGACUAGUUGGUUCUGGGAAGAUGGCGGCGCUGGAGCCGGGGUGUUAGAGCGAAUGCAGACGGUAGCCUCCUUCCCGGUGGGCGUCCAGGCUGGUCCACUUACACUGUCCCCGUCACUGUGCACCUGGACCAGUGCCGUCACCUCUACCCCAUCCCUCAGCCGUGCCUUCCAGACAGCCAGAGGGACCUGUGAAACAGAAACAGACUUCUUGGGGCUCCCGUCUCCCUCCAGGAGCUGGUGAUUGUCCUCCCUGUAUGACCUUGGCAGCUGGGCGCCAUGGACCUGGCUUACAUCUGUGAGUGGGAGAAAUGGCCCAAGAGCACCCACUGCCCUUCGGGUCCCCUGGCCUGCACCUGGUCCUGCCGCAACCUCAUCGCCUUCACCACGGACCUGCGCAGCGAUGACCAGGACCUGACCCGCAUGAUCCACAUCCUGGACACUGAGCAUCCCUGGGACGUGCACUCCAUCCGCUCAGAGCACAGCGAGGCCAUCACCUGCCUGGAGUGGGACCAGUCCGGCUCGCGUCUGCUGUCAGCUGAUGCCGAUGGGCAGAUCAAGUGCUGGAGCAUGGCUGACCACCUGGCCAACAGCUGGGAGAGCCCCGUGGGCAGCGUGGUGGAAGGGGACCCCAUCGUGGCCUUGUCCUGGCUGCACAACGGCGUGAAACUGGCCCUGCAUGUGGAAAAGUCUGGUGCCUCCAGCUUCGGGGAAAAGUUCUCCCGCGUCAAGUUCUCACCAUCGCUCACACUGUUCGGGGGCAAGCCCAUGGAGGGCUGGAUUGCUGUCACGGUCAGCGGCCUGGUCACUGUGUCCCUGCUCAAGCCCAGCGGGCAGGUGCUCACCUCGACUGAGAGCCUGUGCCGGCUGCGCGGCCGCGUGGCUCUGGCCGACAUCGCCUUCACAGGUGGUGGCAACAUCGUGGUGGCUACAGCGGAUGGCAGCAGCGCAUCACCGGUGCAGCUGUACAAGGUGUGUGUGAGCGUGGUCAACGAGAAGUGCCGCAUCGACACCGAGCUCCUGCCCUCGCUCUUCAUGCGCUGCACCACUGAUCUCAGCCGCCGCGACCGGCUGCCCGCCAUCACCCACCUCAAGUUCCUGGCCCGCGACAUGUCAGAGCAGGUGCUGCUGUGUGCAUCCAGCCAGACGAGCAGUGUGGUGGAGUGUUGGUCGCUGCGCAAGGAGGGGCUCCCUGUGAAUAAUAUUUUCCAGCAGCUCUCGCCGGCUGUUGGCGACAAACAGCCCACAAUUCUCAAAUGGCGGAUUCUCUCGGCCACCAAUGACCUGGACCGUGUGUCUGCUGUGGCGCUGCCCAAACUGCCCAUCUCGCUCACCAACACAGACCUGAAGGUGGCCAGUGACACCCAGUUCUACCCUGGCCUCGGGAGCUUGAAAGGCUAUGAGGUCGCUAACAAGCUGGGCACGGUGCAGCCACUUCCCAUUGUCCAAGGCUGGGCUCGGCCACUUGACCUGCAUGUGCCCCCAGGGCUGGCCCUGGCCUUCCACGACGGCAGUGUCCACAUCGUGCACCGGCUCUCGCUGCAGACCAUGGCCAUCUUCUACAGCUCCGCCGCCCCACGCCCCGUGGAUGAGCCGGCUCUCAAGCGUCCCCGGACCACAGGCCCCGCCGUCCACUUCAAGGCCAUGCAACUCUCCUGGACCUCCCUGGCCCUCGUGGGCAUUGACAACCACGGCAGGCUGAGCAUGUUGCGUAUCUCGCCGUCCAUGGGCCACUCACUGGACGUGGGGCUGGCCCUGCGGCACCUGCUCUUCCUGCUGGAGUACUGCAUGGUGACCGGCUAUGACUGGUGGGACAUCCUGCUGCACGUGCAGCCCGGCAUGGUGCAGAGCCUGGUGGAGAAGCUGCACGAGGAGUACACGCGCCAGAAGGCCGAGCUGCAGCAGGUCCUGUCCACCCGGAUCCUGGCCAUGAAGGCCUCACUGUGCAAGCUGUCGCCCUGCACGGUGACUCGUGUGUGCGACUACCACGCAAAGCUUUUCCUCAUCGCCAUCAGCUCCACGCUCAAGUCACUGCUGCGCCCGCACGUGCUCAAUACACCCGACAAAAGUCCUGGCGACCGGCUGACCGAAAUCUGUGCCAAGAUCACAGAUGUUGACAUUGACAAGGUCAUGAUCAACCUCAAGACGGAGGAGUUCGUUCUGGACAUGAACACGCUCCAGGCGCUGCAGCAGCUCCUGCAGUGGGUGGGCGACUUUGUGCUCUACCUGCUGGCCAGUUUGCCCAACCAGGGCUCCCCGCUGCGACCAGGCCACAGCUUCCUGCGGGAUGGCACGUCACUGGGCAUGCUGCGAGAGCUGAUGGUUGUCAUCCGCAUCUGGGGCUUGCUGAAGCCCAGCUGCCUGCCUGUGUACACGGCUACCUCAGACACUCAGGACAGCAUGUCCCUGCUCUUUCGCCUGCUCACCAAGCUCUGGAUCUGCUGCCGUGACGAGGGUCCCACAAGUGAGCCAGACGAGGCGCUGGUGGAUGAGUGCUGCCUGCUGCCCAGCCAGCUGCUCAUCCCCAGCCUAGACUGGCUGCCUGUGAGUGACGGAUUGGUCAGCCGCCUGCAGCCCAAGCAGCCCCUGCGCCUGCACUUUGGCAAGGCCCCUGCUCUGCCUGGUGGCUCCACCGGCCUGCAGCUGGACGGCCUCAUCAGGGCACCGGGCCAGCCCAAGAUGGACCACCUGCGGAGACUGCACCUGGGCGCCUACCCCACGGAGGCCUGCAAGGCCUGUACCAGGUGCGGUUGCGUCACCAUGCUCAAGUCACCCAACAAGACCACCGCAGUCAAGCAGUGGGAACAGCGCUGGAUCAAGAACUGCCUGUGUGGGGGGCUCUGGUGGCGCAUGCCCCACAGCUACCCCUGACUGCAUUCUCGCCUGAAAGCCAUGCUGUCCCCUUGCCGAUGACAGAGCAGCCACGUGCUCCAGACCUUCGUUGGGUGUUCUUAGACACCACCACCCUGGAACUAUGCUUUGGGGGCCUUGUCUGCUGCGCCAGCACCCCUGUAACUGACAGGGCCAGUGAGGACAGAGCCUGAAGCCUCAAGUUGGCACCUCAGCCCAGCCGCCGAGGCUUUCUCCCUCGGAGCCCGUUGAUUUACCUGCGAGGAGGACCUGGCCACGUGAUCACCCUGCAAGGUGGUGACUGAGAUAGGCUGGGGCCUGCCCCAGGCAGAACCACGGCAAUUGCUGCCCCAAGGACCCCUAGGUCCCAGUUCAGAGGGUCCAGGAUCUGAGGGCUCUGUGCUUUAGAACGUGACACACGAACCUGCCAGGCAUCCAGUGGCCACUGUCAAGGACACCAGCUGGGCGUCAGCCUUGGGUCCCCCACCUGUACCUGUCACUGCUGUCUCUGACAUGGGCAGGCCCCAGAAACAUCCCCCUGGGCAGCAGGUGUCUUGUCGGUGUCCUGGGCGCCACCCCCCCACAGCCCCUCCCCCUCCACACGCAUGGGGUUCUGUGCCUGUGUGUGUUGCUCUCCUGCUUGGCCAGCAUUUAUUGAGCACCUCCUGUCUACCAGAUGCAGGUGUCCCAGUGGGGAGCAGUGGACUGGACGUGAGCGGGGGCUGCUUCCUACUGCCUGGGUUCCUGUACACAGGAGGAGUAUCUCUGUCUCUUCUUUCUCUCUGCCUCCCUGCCUUACUUCCCUCCCCCACCAGGUUUUUGGGAGCUCAGGCUGUGGCCCCCAGGGGUCCUGCCUCGCCAGCAACCAUUCUCACCAAUUAUGUGGCUCCCCAGGGCCCGGGCACAGUGCCUGCCUGUUAAGCGGUAAUUGCUUCUCUUAUUUUCCUUCUGGAGGCUUGAGGGAGGGCAGGCCGGGUAGGCGCCCUGUGGAGGUCAGUAUGCUGCCUGCUGUGUCGGGCUUUCAGGGACUGGCAGCGCUCCAGGGGCCCCAUUACCUGGGCCAGUUGCCCACCUGCCUGUGGCCCCAGCACUCAGGGGUGUCCAUGUCUUGCCAUCUGAGUAGUGCUUUCUGCAGGGACCUUUGGGGUACCCCCCACCCGUGCUGCUGCUGGUGCCCCAGCCCCUUGGAGAAACGGGCCUGAAAUGGGCAGCCUCUCUGGUGGAGCGGCACAUGGCCCAGGUUCUUACAUAUAUUUUCUCAGCCUUUUACCUCAUCUGACCGUAUAUUUUUUAAGCCACUUGCCUUUCUCAAGUCAUUCUAAAGUCUUUAAAGCAGCUACUUGUUUUUAGAAAA